GCCCACUCCAGCAGCUGCUGUUGAGCCGCGCAGCCGGAGAGGAGAGGAGAGGAGAGGAGAGGAAGGCCGCCCCGGUGGUCCUGGGCUCGGGCGCGAUGCCUCUGUUCACCGCCAACCCUUUCGAGCAAGACGUGGAAAAAGCUACAAAUGAGUAUAACACGACAGAAGAUUGGAGUCUUAUUAUGGACAUCUGUGACAAAGUUGGAAGUACUCCUAAUGGAGCUAAGGACUGCCUAAAAGCCAUAAUGAAAAGGGUAAAUCAUAAGGUUCCUCAUGUUGCUCUGCAGGCAUUAACUCUUCUUGGGGCUUGUGUGGCAAACUGUGGAAAGAUAUUUCAUUUAGAAAUAUGCUCCCGAGAUUUUGCAACAGAAGUACGUGCUGUGAUAAAAAACAAGGCUCAUCCUAAAGUGUGUGAACAACUAAAAUCUUUAAUGGUGGAGUGGUCCGAAGAGUUUCAGAAAGAUCCACAGUUUAGUUUAAUAUCUGCAACUAUUAAGUCAAUGAAAGAAGAAGGAAUUGUUUUUCCUUCAGCAGGUUCUCAGACUGCACCAGCUGCUGCCAAGAAUGGUACAGCAUCGAACAAAAACAAAGAAGAUGAAGAUAUAGCUAAAGCUAUUGAAUUGUCAUUGCAAGAACAGAAGCAGCAGCAGCACACAGAAACAAAAUCUUUAUAUCCACCUUCAGAAAUUCAGUUAAAUAAUAAGGUUGCAAGAAAAGUGAGAGCUUUAUAUGAUUUUGAAGCUGUUGAGGAUAAUGAACUUACCUUUAAACACGGAGAAAUCAUUAUUGUUUUGGAUGACAGCGAUGCCAAUUGGUGGAAAGGAGAAAACCACAGAGGAAUAGGACUUUUCCCAUCUAAUUUUGUAACAACCAAUUUAAACACAGAGUCCGAGGCAGCAUCUCUGGACAAAUUGAAUGCCACUGAUGAUGCGGUGGAGGAAAUGAAGAAAUCUGAGCCUGAGCCUGUUUACAUAGAUGAAGAUAAGAUGGAUAGAACCCUGCAGGUACUCCAAAGUAUAGAUCCAACAGAUUCAAAACCAGACUCUCAAGACCUCUUGGACUUAGAAGAUAUCUGCCAACAGAUGGGCCCAAUGAUAGAUGAAAAACUGGAAGAGAUUGAUAGGAAACAUUCAGAAUUGUCUGAAUUGAAUGUGAAAGUCUUGGAAGCUUUGGAGCUGUAUAACAAAUUAGUGAAUGAGGCACCAGUAUAUUCAGUUUAUUCAAAGCUUCACCACCCAACCCAUUACCCAUCAUCAACAUCUGGGGUUCCAAUGCAGGCAUAUCCAGUCCAGUCACAUGGAGGAAACUAUAUGGGUCAAAACAUUCACCAAGUCUCUGUUGCCCAAAACUACAGCCUUGGACCAGAUCAGCCAGCUCCACUGAGAUCUUUACCUCCAAAUAUAAAUUCUUCAGUAACAACACAGCCUAUUCAGCCGCCAUAUUUAAGCACUGGACAAGAUACAGUUUCCAAUUCUCCGUAUAUGAACCAGAACUCUAACCUUCAACCAGUUCCUGGUCCAGCAGCCUAUUCUCAGCAGAUGGGGGUACCCGUGGACAUUUCCUCUUACCAGAGCACUACUUCUGGCCUGCCACAGCUGGCUGGCUUCCCGGUGGUGGUUCCAUCUCCCUCAGUUGCACAGCAGCAGACAAGUUACCACCAGCAGCCUCUUCUUUAGAACUGAACUCAGCAGUUUUGGCUUUGGGGUGUUGUUUUGUUGUGUGGUUGUGUUUUUUUGUUUUUUGUUUUGGAGGGGUUGGGGAAGCUUCACAGUUCCUUCAGCCUUGUGAUUCCAAUCCAGAAAUACUGAAAGAAAAUCAUUUUCUUCUUC